AUGUCAGGUCCAGUCAAGCUUGAGGCGUUGACUCCAAUGAAUUCAAGUUCUUCGCAAUGCGGUAGUGCCAUUACUUCGGGUCAUUUGGUAUCGUUCAAUGGGCAAACUACUGAAGUGCCAGAAGAGAUACGCUGCCAUCUUUGCGACUACCCUAUGAAGCUGUGUAUUCGAAAAAGUAAAUACAAGGGUGAAAUUCGAGAAUAUGCGGCGUACAGAUGUCUUCGUAAAGGAUGUCAGACAUUUCGAUCAGUUCGCAAAGUUAUUGAACCUGAUUUCCCAUGUCCUCGAAAAAGGAAAGCAGAUGAGAUGCUCGAUUCCGGCAAUGUGAGUCCAUACGGAGCUGCCAAAACUACGAGUGAUCCCCAUUCCGGUUUUGCACCGUCAAGUUUGCAAAACAAAGCGGAGGGAACGUUGUUGUAUAUACCUGGGAGAGUCACUCAUGAGCAGAUUGAAAAGAUGCAAAAGUUCGCCAUGGGCUAUCUUGGCAAAAAUGGUGGUGCAGCUGUAGAAAAUGUAUAUAGACCAUUGUUCGCCUACGUGAACAUGACAGCACAGGACAUAGAGGAUCACCUUAGAACCGAUGACGGUCAAAAGAAACUCCAGCGUAUCUUGAUGCAUUCACCUCAGCCACCGCUGCAAAGUUUCGAGAGCCCGCAGCCUAAAAUGGUUUUAUCCACUCCGUUGAACUCUUUCGCUUCUGUGUCUCAACUGGCCCAGAAUGUAUUCAAUCCGUCUCAUUCCCUUUCGCACAUGCUGACACCAGCUCAGCCAAAUCCCGUAGCUAAUGCUCGAAAUGGUGCACUUUCGUCUAGUAUCUUCGCUCCGAUCCAGUGUUCAGCGCCUCGUCAUGAAAGUGUUUUGCCAGUAAUGCAGAGUGCUUCUCAUCCGAUUUGCGGUAUGGCAAUACAGACACGCGUUCCAGACUUCAGAUCUCAUCAGUACACCAGCGAAUUAAUCUGGUAG